CUAUUUUCGCCGUUUAUUUUCAGAAUAAACAUGGGCCGCAAGUUCUUUGUUGGUGGAAACUGGAAGAUGAAUGGAACUAAGGAGAGUAUUGACAAAAUUGUUGAUUUUCUUACCAAAGGACCCUUGGACCCUAAUACAGAGGUUGUGGUUGGAGUAUCUCCCUGCUACCUGGAGUAUGUCAGGUCUAAGCUACCCCAAACGAUCGGAGUAGCAGCUCAAAACUGCUACAAGGCCGACAGCGGAGCAUUUACAGGAGAGAUCUGUCCUGCCAUGAUCAAGGAUUGUGGAUGUGAAUGGGUGAUCCUCGGACACUCAGAGAGAAGGAACGUCUUCGGAGAAACUGAUCAGCUUAUCGGAGAGAAGGUUGGUUUCGCUCUGAAGCAAGGACUCAAGGUUGUCCCUUGUAUUGGAGAGCAGCUGGAGGAGAGGGAGGCCGGCAAAACUACCGAGGUUUGCUUCCGUCAGCUGAAGGCUAUUGCUGACAAUGUCUCCGACUGGAGCAAGGUUGUGAUCGCCUACGAACCGGUUUGGGCGAUUGGAACCGGUAAGACCGCUUCUCCUGAACAAGCACAGGAGGUUCAUGCUGCCAUCAGGAACUGGCUGGCUGAAAACGUUUCUGCAGAGGUUGCCGAAUCCACCAGAAUUCUAUACGGUGGAUCAGUAUCUGCCGGUAACUGCCGUGAGCUAGCCGCUUGUCCUGAUAUUGACGGUUCCCUGGUCGGCGGAGCUUCGCUAAAGCCUGACUUUGUCCAGAUCAUCAACGCAACCCAGUAAUCUGGAAUCCUUCCUGAAUAUUCUGUAGAUCGUAGUUUAAACACCAGAGGCUAUCAUUUUAAAUUUACAACUGUGCGCAUUAGUUAGUAUGCUUUAUCUGUCGAUGUAAUGGUUUUAGAAAAUAAUGAAAGGCGUCAACAUAUAUUAAAUAUAUUCUUUAAAUGUUUUAA